GAGAAAGAAAAAAGAAUUUGGGGCCUUUGGGCAUUUCGGCUGUGUAUUUCAGUAGUAUUUCUGCUUGCUUUGGCUGGCUACAUUGCUUGUUCGGUAAAAUUCCCUUCGCUUUCCUGGCUUUGGCGCUGCUUGUGGUGGAACUUGGGGAGUAGGUAACGGCAAUCGGAGUGAGGAGUUGUGAUGGAUUUAGGGGAGAUGUGGGCAAUCUUUGGGCCGGGCUUCGCCGGUGCAGUCUUCGGUGCCGGCUGGUGGUUUUGGGUUGACGCCGUCGUAUGCAGCUCCGUUAAGGUUGGGUUCGUCCAUUACCUCCCCGGGAUCUUUGCAUCUCUGGCCGCCUUGAUGUUCAACUGCGUCAAAAGAGAUGACAUUGAUUACUCUCCAUACGAAGAAGGAGAAUGGAGAUUGAAGCUUUGGUUGUUUCUUGCAUAUGUUGUAUCAUUUGUGUCUCUAGCAGCAUCAGUAGGUCUACUGGUACAAGAUGCACUUGUAAAAAGUGGACCUUCAGCAUGGACAGGCACUGCUGGUGUCUUGCAGUGUGUGCUGGUAUUGAUCAGGUAUGCCUCCAUGAAUAAGACUCCAGGGAACAUGUGUGGUGAGGCAUUCUAAUACGCAGAGUUGUGAAGUCUAGUUCAGAAUGCAAGAGUGGGCUAAUGUACUGGACGGCUCAUUCAGAUCAGAGUUGGUGAACCAGAAAACCUACCUCCUAACAGAAACAUGUACAUCCUAGAUGUCUAGUUGAUGACAAAGAGAAAUAGUUCGAUCUUUAAUUCUUUAUGGUGUUUGAGGUUGCUAGUUUCUUGUAAAUGUGCAUGUGUUUCUGUGUCRAUGCUACUUCUCUUGAAAUCUGCAUAUUCAAAUGGACUCUGUUGAAUACAACUCUUACUGAAGUGAUGGAUCUUGUUGAGUCACUUGUAAAACUGGAAUUCAACCAGGUGCUUUGUAGUAGAAUCCUGACAUUGGUUGGUGAAUUAGAGAUUAAGCUGAGGUUCUACCCGCCCAAUCAUGCAACUUUACGGCUCAGUUCCGAAGGAGUACAGAAAAAAUAUGUAGAGCGCAAAACCUUGUAUUUUGUAUGUAUUUGUACUGUACAUGUUUGAAUUUGUACUCUUUUCAAACUGAGCCUCAUAGACUCUGUAUUUGCAAUCUGAACUAAAUACAAAUUUUGCACCUGAUUUAGCUUUU